GUUCACCAUCAGUCAGCUCUGAGCAAGAUGAGAACAGCUUUUGCUGUCACCUCCCUUGUCAUCUCCUCACCUCUCAGGGCCGCUUCACGUGAAAGACGCUUUGAAGCCUCUGUAUCUGCAUCGAGUUGAAGACCAGACUUAAGGAUUGUGCUUGUGUUUUGGAGUUUACGGUCUGCUGUUGCUUUUGAGACGGAUUCUACAGGUGUGUGUGAGCGUUUGACUCUUCAAGAAUCAUCUACAGGUGUGUUCACCUGCCUCAGGGGAUCUAAAUAGGUGCGAAAGUUUUGGGACUAGCUUGACGAUGACCACCAUGCAGAAGUUGCUCCAGCUGCCGGUGAACGCUGUGAACAUGGUGAAGAGCGUGCAGGGAGUCGCUCAGGGCCAGGAGGAGGCUCUCAGUCCGGUGCUGACGCCCGACAGCGGCCCGCAGAACUGGUACAACGCCGUCCAGCCAGAGGAGCUCCGACACCUGAGAUCUGGGGGGACGGGCGGCGGGGGGGAGGGGUCAGAGGAUCGACCCGGGCUGGAGGAGGGGCUUACCAGCGUUCAGUCACAACCUUUACGACACGAUGACCUGAAGGAGAUGCUGGACAGUAAUAAAGACUCCUUGAAGCUUGAGGCCAUGAAGCGCAUCGUAGCGAUGAUCGCCCGGGGGAAGAACGCCUCAGAUCUCUUCCCUGCCGUGGUGAAGAACGUGGCCUGUAAGAACAUCGAGGUGAAGAAGCUGGUGUACGUGUAUCUCGUCCGCUAUGCUGAAGAACAGCAGGAUCUCGCUCUGUUGUCUAUUUCCACCUUUCAGAGAGGACUGAAGGACCCCAACCAGCUGAUCCGUGCGAGCGCCCUGCGUGUGCUGUCCAGCAUCAGAGUGACCAUCAUCGUGCCCAUCAUGAUGUUAGCCAUCAAAGAGGCGGCGUCUGACAUGUCUCCAUACGUCCGCAAGACCGCAGCUCAUGCAAUACCCAAACUACACAGUCUGGAUCCAGAACAGAAAGAUCAGUUGAUUGAAGUCAUCGAGAAGCUGCUGGCUGAUAAAACCACACUGGUAGCAGGCAGUGUGGUGAUGGCGUUUGAGGAAGUGUGUCCAGACCGCAUCGAUCUGAUCCAUAAGAACUACCGUAAGCUGUGUAACCUGUUGAUUGACGUGGAGGAGUGGGGUCAGGUGGUCAUCAUCAACAUGCUCACGCGCUACGCCAGGACGCAGUUCCUCAACCCCAACAUCAACGAAUCUCUGUUGGAGGAGAGCAGCGAGAAGGCCUUCUACGCCUCAGAUGAUGAGGAAGAUGAAGAUAAGAAAGCCGAGGCGGCCACUCUAGCGAAGAGGAAGCCGUACGUGAUGGACCCCGAUCACAGACUCCUGCUGAGGAACACCAAACCCCUGCUGCAGAGCCGCAACGCUGCUGUGGUGAUGGCAGUAGCUCAGCUGUACUUCCAUUUGGCUCCUAAAGCAGAGGUGGGCAUCAUUGCUAAAGCUUUGGUCAGAUUAAUGCGCAGCCACAGUGAAGUGCAGUAUGUCGUGCUUCAAAACGUGGCCACGAUGACCAUCAAGAGACGAGGAAUGUUUGAGCCGUAUCUGAAGAGUUUUUAUAUUCGCUCCACGGACCCAACACAGAUCAAAAUCCUCAAGCUGGAGGUUUUGACGAAUUUGGCUAAUGAGACGAACAUCUCCACCAUCCUGAGAGAAUUUCAGACGUAUAUUAAGAGCAUGGAUAAGGAUUUUGUGGCGGCCAGCAUUCAGGCCAUUGGUCGCUGUGCUACAAACAUCGGCGAGGUCAGAGACACCUGUCUGAACGGACUUGUACAGCUGCUGUCCAACAGAGACGAGUUGGUUGUGGCUGAAUCCGUGGUGGUGAUCAAAAAGCUUCUGCAGAUGCAGCCCGAACAGCACAGCGACAUCAUCAAACACAUGGCCAAACUCAUUGACAACAUCCAGGUGCCCAUGGCCAGAGCAAGCAUCCUGUGGCUGAUCGGAGAAUACUGCGAACAUGUCCCUAAAAUCGCCCCCGACGUCCUGAGAAACAUGGCCAAAACCUUCACUAACGAGGAAGAUAUUGUCAAGCUGCAGAUUAUCAAUCUGGCUGCCAAACUGUAUCUUACUAACUCAAAACAGACUAAACUGUUGACGCAAUAUGUACUGAACCUGGCGAAAUAUGAUCAAAACUAUGACAUCAGAGAUCGUGCCCGCUUUAUCCGCCAACUCAUUGUGCCCACUGAUAAGAGCGGCGCUCUUAGCAAAUACGCCAAGAAGCUUUUCCUUGCACUCAAGCCUGCCCCCGUCCUGCAGUCUACAUUUAAAGACAGAGAUCACUUCCAGCUGGGGUCACUGUCUCAUCUGCUGAACGCUAAAGCCGCCGGAUACCAGGAGCUGCCUGACUGGCCCGAAUCGGCGCCCGACCCAUCCGUGCGCAACGUGGAGGUGAAGGAUUCUGUUAUUAGGCUGCUCGAAAGAGUCACCACUUUAACCAGCAUUCCAGAUUGGAGCAAAUGCACAAGCCGGAAGGAUCGUAAGGAGAAGAAAACAGAGAAACCAUUCUACUCAGACUCAGAAGGAGAAUCUGGUCCAACCGAAUCAGCAGAUAGCGAAUCAGAUUCAGGCAGCGGUUCAGAAAGUGCCAGCGCCAGUGAUGAAAGCGGUUCCGGUUCAGAGAGUGAGGAGAGCAGAGAAGAGACUGAAUCUGAGGAUGAAGAGGAAGAUGAGGAGAAGGAAAAGAAAAGAAAGAAGCGUCUGGACAAGACCAAAGCAAAGAAACCAGCAGAAGAGAGCGCAGAGAGCGAGCAGAGCAGUGGUACCGAGGACAGAAAACGAGGCAGGAAGGCAGUGAAGAAUCAGAAAAGUGCCUCAGAAUCAGAGAGCGAAUCAGAAAGCAGCGAAUCAGAGGACGAAUCGGAGGAGGAGUCAGAGGAGGAGUCUGAGUCAGACACCGACAUCAGGAAGAAGAAGACGCCCAUAUCAAAACAACCUCCCAAACAAUCCAAAAAAGAGAGCAAGAAGGAGAGGCAGGAAAUGUCUUUGCUGGAUCUGGAUGACUUUGAACCGGCUCCAGCAUCAGCUCCAGUGACUCCGGUUAACUUCCUGUCUAGUAGUCUGGUGUCUGAUCUGGAGGGUUUGUCACUGACCAACAAUAUUCUUGCACCUACAACCAUUGCUCCUUCUGGUUCGAUAAAGAUGUAUGAGCUCCUACAUCGUAUAACAGGUGAGGGUCUUGCGGUUGAGUAUUGCUUCAGCCGACAGCCCUUCAGUCCAGACCCUAAUAUGGUGGCCGUCCAGAUCCAGUUCACCAACAACACCAACUCCGAGACCAAAAACCUGCACAUCGAGGAGCCCAGGCUGCAGUCUGGGAUGAGGAUCCGAGAGUUCACAGAGAUAGACGUGUUAGCAGCAGGUGAAUCGGUUACUGUGGUGAUGGGCAUAGAUUUCUGUGAUUCUACACAAGCAGCAAACUUCCAGCUGUGGAUCUGUCUUAGGCCCUUUGCUGUUUUCAAUAUACAGAACUUUCACAGAAAAUUCCAAACAAUUUCUUCCUUCCCAUACCUAAUGACACCUGUGUUUCUGACAGAAAAUGACUUCAAGAAGGAGCAAGAGAAUCUUUUGAAUGGUAAACUGAUGGGAAUGAAUGAAAUCUCAGAGAAGUUGACGCUGGGAGAGAAAUGCGUGAACGAACAUGUCAUCGUUGAGAGAGUCACGGCCACCGCUAACUUGAGCAGAGUACCAUGCGGUUCAGAAAAAGAGUGCAGUACACCUCCUCCUCCUCCUCCUUCUGCUCCUGUUUACAGAUUCGCAGGGAAAACGGUCAGCAGCGGUUGUCUCGUGCUGGUCACCGUCCCUACGAAGGAAGGCGGCGGAGCUCAGCUGACGGUGAACUGCGAGAAGAUGUUGAUCGGCACACUGCUGGUUAAAGACAUCAUGCAGGCCCUGUCGCAGUGAUGGCGCCCCCUACAGUCAACACCCUCCUAUUGCUGCUUACCGCAUUGAUUCGCGUCUCUGUGUAGAUAUUUUCCCAACGCGGACUGGCUUGUAGCAUCAAAAAAAAUACUUCGAACUGACAUCAGAACAGCAACAGUAACAUUCACAGCCCCGUAAUCAGGAUGUUUCUUUUAUUUUCAUCUGUUGAAUGUUGCAUGACAUCAAAAACAGUUAGUAAAGACAGUCUUUCCACCAUAAAUUCUCCCGAAUUAAUGCACAAACUUGUGUCAGUUUAAAUUUAGAAGCUCUGUAGGAUAUACAGAACAUGGCUGGCUGUUUUUGGAUACCAUCUGCUCAGUGAAACAAGACUAAUAAUCAUCUGAGUGAUUCGUCAGUAGAAACCCUGUGCGGUUUAUUUUUAGUGUUUAUCUUUCACAUUUUCUGAAUGUAAUGUCUUACAUCUGAUGCCAGACCGCAUCCCAAUGACGACAGCAGACUUGUUUCCAGAAACCACUUCAAGCUGUUUUUGAAAACAUGAACUUUGUUCAACUCUCUGAAACAUGUUCAUUCUGGUUUCGUGUUGGUUUUAGCAAAAUCAAAAGCUCCGAAACACAUCAGUAUGAAUGCACCGUCUUCACUAUCUCUUUCGACAGUAUGUCUUAUCUGUAUUUGCGAAUGUGUAACUGCUGAAUUAAGGACUGUGGACUGGUGUAUCACUCAACAUUCAUCAGCUUCUUGUUCUCGUGAAGCUCUCAGAAGAAUACAGUAUCUCACAAUCCGGUUAUUUUAGAUAUUUUAAUGCAGUCUGGAGCCGUUUAUCCUGGUGAAGACACUGUUAGUAGUUAGUUUUAGACCUUUUUUAGAUUUGAUGAUGUGCUUGAUGGCAUAAACCGGAUCUUCCUUCUCCCCUAGGUUCACAAUGACAUCCAGCUUUACUGACUGUGGGAAAUCAUUUGUUUGAAUAUUAUAUCUCUAUUUAUUAUAAAGAGUUUUAAAUGUCAAUAAAAGAGAGCGCACACUCAAA